GAAGGAAGGGCAAGCCUCGAGCGCUGCGUGUUCACAACAGUUUUAUUUUCUCUCUUUAGUGUUUUCAUGAGUAAACAAAGUGUUGUCUGUGUGCAUUGUUGUGUUUAAAUGUCGAUGGGAUGACGUCACAGGCGAAUGUGAUGUGCUGUAAAUCAGUAGGAACAGAUCUGUCCAUGCUGGAUAUUGAUGAUUUCAUCACAGAAAUCUUUCAGCUGAAGGCAAAGCUGAGGGCAAGAGGAGAUGAACUCACAAUAGAGAAACCCAGACACACACAGGACACGGAGUUCAGCCUCACUUUACUCUGUUAUACUGACACAAACCCCACAGACGCUCAGGACACUGUGUGUGACAGCAGUCACUCCUUGAAUCUGGAUGAAUCUACCGAUCAAACCUCCACAGAGUGUCUGGAUUCGGUCUGUAACGCUGGAGAACUAAUGGAGAUAAAAACAGAACCCAAAGUAAAAGAAGAACAGAAUGAUGAGGAUGAGAGUCUUGGUGAUUUUGUUCCUUCAGUCAAACAGGUGAACGGCAGGAACCUAGGGAUUAAAACAGAACCCACAUCAGAGAAGGAACCGAUUGAAGAAAAUGACAGUGGUGGUGAUGAUGAUAUUUAUCUUAUCCCUUCAGAGUCGAGCAAUAUGGACCAAGGACUAAUAAUCAGAGUUAUUAUUAAUGAUGGAGAUAUACGAAAAAUAACCUUACAGGAGAGGCCUGCCUCAGUAGAAUCUUUUACGAUGUCACUUAAAGAAAAACUUCAACUGACAUACGACUUCACAUUGCAAUUUGAAGAUCCUGACUUCAAUAACGCACUCUGUAAUCUCACUGAUAUGGGGGAUCUUCCUAACAAAGCAACACUGAAAAUUAUUCCAUGGGUUCUUUUGGUUGCUUCCGACACAAGUCCCUGCACAACUGAUAUCGAAAUGUUGUCAUCUGGCAGUUUUGAGUCAUCCAGUAAAAACCAGUGGCCCAAGUUUUUUGAAAUUCCUGAUUUUUCCUUUGACGUCAACCAGAGACUGCUACAGGGAGACCUACUGUAUACAAGGAAUGGCACUUAUCACCUCACUGUCUCUAAGGACAUGAAGCAUGAAAUACUGCACAAGUUAGCGGAGUGCAUAUACUCAUUUAAAGCAUACCCUACUGAUGAAGAUUUUGCUGAAGUUGCCAAAGCCCUUAUCAACAAGCAUCCCUGUCUUCGAGAGAAAGGGUCAUAUACAGGGUACUAUGGGUGGAAAAACAGUCUCAAGUUCAAAAUGGGCAACUACCGGUCAAAACUUCGUAAAGCUGGAUGUCUAGAUGUGAUGGUUAAUGGGGGAAGAAAGAGCAAGUUUUCUCCUGAAGGACAACCUCCCAAACUGAACAUAAAAAAACCACGAAGAGAUGAAACAAACUACCUCCCCAAUUUUCCUUUGGGAAAGGAUGAAAUAAGUCUUGAAAGAGACCGAGAACUACUUUCUGAAGAAAUUAGAAAAAGAACACCAAACACGACCCUAGUCUCUCAAAAGAUGGACCAAACCUUUCCUUUACGAAGGAAAGAAAUAGUGGAAAUGGAGCUACCAGUCAAAACUACGUUGAAACGUUGGCCAGCACUCUUUACAGAGCGUGAGGUGUUCGUAGAAUUCACCAGGAUUACCUGCAAGAACCUUCAGACAGUAUUCUUUGGUGAACUUGACAGACACACACCCUCUCUGAUAAAGAUUUUCAAGUCUAAAACAGGAACCAUAGGUCGGACCGUAGCAGAUAUACUGGAGCAACAUGAACCAAGGAGAAACAUCAGUGAGACAUUAUGCAAGGAAUCUCUGGUUACUCUUCAACGAACUGCAGUUCUUCGUUGCAUCCCUGUUCUUCUUGGAGACAACCCCUCAGAAUUUUUCAAACACUACGUUGCAUCAGAUGAUAACAGCUUCCUUGAGCACAUUCCUGUUGGCAUUCUGACAGUCAUCAGUGAAGAAUCUCCUCACUCUUCUUUGCUGAUCCAUACAGAUCCCGUGUCCACAGCUGUCGUCAUAGAGGGAGAUAUUGUAAUGGAUCAGAUCAAAGAUAUGCCUCUUGCCAUUUGUCUGUUGUUUGGACUGACAUAUGCACUCAACCUUGAUUACCCAAAGGGCAUGAAGAACACAUUUUACUUCAUCCAGCAAGUUCUGCUUGAUUUGGGAGCAAAAAUACUGAAACCAAAACUUCAAACUCUGAAGAACCAGUUAUUUAACUGAAUCAAGACAUCUCAAAUUUAAUGGUUGAGAUGAUUUGACCCACAUUUCAAAUGACCAUGACUGAAACAAAAAAAAACAUGAAAAUUAUUUUCUAUGUUUUGAGUCUUCUGUUCAUGAUUCAGUGAUUUGUAUAACAGCAUGACACAUUUCAGUUGUAUUGAAUAUUUUCAUUGCCUGAUAUAAGCAGUUAAUGGAAGCUAGGGUUGUGUUUAAAAACAUUAUCUCUGUUUAGAGAGUUUAUGUUAGUUUGUCUAGACCUGAGGUCUAUAUACCUUUAUUACUGUGAACAUUUUAAUACUGUACUUGUAUGUUCAGUUUCAUGUUUUUUCAGCUGUUUUUUGUUUUUUUCCUGUGACAACAAGUGAAGCUUAUCAAUACGAGUAGUUACGUUUUUUUAUACUCUUUAUGCUGUACUUAAAUCAUGUUAUUCUUCUCAGAUGUACAGUGUGCAUAUUUUCUACUCAAGAAAUAUAAUUCAUUUAA